AUGGUUUUGACCGAGGGUCAGCAAAGUGAGCAGCUGGCUCAAGGCCACGAUUGUUACGCGUGCAAACAUGCAUUUAUAGCCGCCGACCGCGCCAUGAAGACUUCCUCCUCCUCAGACGAGAACUAUGGUGCUCUACCUUCCUCCUACCGCAGGCUUCGGAAGUCGAAAUCUAUGAUAACUUCUAGAUCGUCCUACUCUCAACCACGCGGUCACUUCAGUCCUCUCCUUCGUGUCAAGCAAUCCAUAAGCAGGCUUAGACCUGCAUGGAGGCCUCCUGGAAUAAUUGAUCCUGGCCAGGCGGUGACAAAGUCUACACCGUCGAGGUCUUCGGGCAAACAGUCUCGGCCCCUGGACCACCUAGCUCGGCAGUCAAGCCGACGUGGGAAGGAGCCAAGCAGCACGAAGCAGUUGAGUCGGGCUGAGAUCAGCUCCUUGCCUAAGCUCAGCGGGCAAAGUAUAGCCGAAUGUGCAAAGACCAGCUAUGGAGAUUUUCGUAUUCCGGGAGACGACAAGAGUCACAUGAAGAAGCUCGGCUUUUCGAAACGAGAGAUCUUCUUGAUCGGCCGAAAAAGGGAAGAAAGAAAUUCGGCGGCCCCAAGCUACCUCAGAGAGGAGAGAACAAAAAUUGAGACUACACAAGCGGCAUCCCAGAAGCAACCGAGUCCCGCGCCAAAACCAUUUUCGAACCACUUCUCUGGAAGCAUUUGGGCGACUGUCAAAGGAUCCUUGAAAAAAAGGAGCGUGUCGGCCCAAUUGCUGGGAACUGAACGUACGCCAUCUGAAGAACGGAAUAUACCUUCAAGCGAUAAUCAUGCCAAAGACCACAAAAUUUCCCAUCCCUCGGAUGUGCUGUCUCCUAUGGAACAGGACGAGGCUAUCGACUCGCUGGCCAAUGACCUUCACCAAUCCGCUAGCAGAGAAAGCUUACAUUCAAACAACAAGUCCCGUGUUACCAGCUGGACAAACUCAAGCACAACUGGGUCAGUUGCACUGCGUUCUGGACCGCUUGAGCUGAAUCGACUGUCCGUGAUCAAGGAAGACGGGGGCCCGCAUCAACCCUCUUCGUCCGCAGGGCGACAUAUUGGUGGGGUUAGUCUCUUUCAGGAACCUUUGCAGUCAACGACAGGCGAUGGACAGACUCUACUACCUGUUGACAGUCAGCGUAUCUACUCGGCAUUGAUUGAACGAAUCAGGCAAGAAGAAGCCGAAAUAGAAGACACUGCUGCAGCUUUGAAAGCCUUGAACCAGGAGAGAGCGAUUAAUACUCCCAUAUCAAUUAGGCAAGAGCCUACCAUACGUUUUGUGAAGAGUGAUUCGUCCAUGACUGGUACAGUCUGUGCAGACACUCAGCCACCAUUGAAUGACCCGAGCCUUCCUGAAGUCGCUUGUAGCGAAACACAAAUACAUGGGCAGGCAACGCACGAGCUGCGCGGAUAUGAGCAUCAUGACCAGCCGCUGGAAUCAUUCCCAAGCUUCCUACCGUUCCCUGUUGAGCGGAAGUCCAAUCGUCCCAGUCCGUUCCAGCAGAUCUUUCGUCAUAAGCGCACGCACAACAUCAACAACAACCUCAGUGGUGCUGAACGCUACUUAUCCGUCAACCCACACUCUGAUCCUCCCAACCUUGGUCGACUGCAAUUUGGCAACAGCAGUGAUGACAGCAUCUACUCGCGAGCAACGGAUGGUCUGCCGAAAUUCAAUCACAUGUCGUCAGGUGAAAGCGCUGCGAGCUUGAUUUGGUCUCCCAACAGGCUUUUCAAAUCUAAGUCCAUGGUAGAGCCGAUGAAUACCAUGCGGGUCGUGUCCAAGUCACCCUCAUCUUUUCAACAUUUCUACAAUCCAGCAGAAAUACAAGAAUGCAAUCCAUGGUUGAGCUCAAGAAAUUCUAGCCUAGGAUCUCAUGCUCGUGAACAAGCUGAAGAUGGGGAUAUUGAAUUGAGUCUGCGACAUAUGAAUCUGAGCUCUGACCAGUCCAUCGCAGGCACGGAGUCUUCGGCGCCGACUACCACCCACGCAAAAGUUAAAAUGAUGUUCAGACGUGGCAGGACGCCUUCUGAAAAGCCAAAUUAUCCACUUUCCAUUGAUCAGAACAAGCAAGGCCACACAAGCAACAACAGAUCAGCAGGUCGUGAGCAUAACAAGGAGACCCAGAUAUUUGGUCACGUUGGCACACCACCACUCAGUACGCCAGGUCGCCUACACUUGCAGGCAGAGAUUGGUAGCUGGCAUAGAAAGCUCAAGCAGAGUAACAGCGAGGUGCCUUUCAAUAUUCGGCGAAGCGAACUACACGCAAGUCCGAUAAGCAACAUGCAGACCGGGUCAGUAACUUUCAGCGAUAAUGGGGACAGCCCUUCACAAAAAGUCAAGGAUCGUUUGGUGGCCCGCUUGAGUCGACCAUUUGAUAUGGAUGUCCCACGCCACAACAGACCCUUCGAUAGCAUGUACCUUGGGAAGAGAACUCCUGGACAUGCAGAUACUCUAGGCCAUAGCCGAUUGAGCGUUGCUCCCCGUGAAUCCAAGAGCUAUGGUGGUCUUCGUAGGCCACCUAAAAACAUUCAGGAUGAUGCUCUUCCAAUAGUCACUUCCUCAUCCACGACAGUCUCGAGGAGUGCAUCCAAGAUAGCAAGUUUGUUCAGUGGACGGCGUAUGGUCAGCAACUUUCUCAGAACCCGUCGGAUAGAAAGGAGUGUGAGUGCAGAUGAGAAGGAUACAUAUGCUGGAGGUCCAGCUUUCAUCUGA